AAGACAUUAAAUCCAACCUCCCUCCAUCCAACAGCAGCGCGCGGCCCAUCAACCUGAUCUGAAGAUCGAAAAUAGGAGGGCUUACGGUAAUCAGCCCUUCAGACUCCCAUGACAAGGAAGAGUGUGGCAACGUCGUGGGCGCGCUCAUCGUGGCACACACAGCAGGACGUUCAGUGGCGCUGCGCGCUCAGAACAUAACCAAGCAGAGAGCGCGCAGAGACACGGAGAGCAGCGGGGAAGGCAGCAGCAGCAUCCCGUGACGGAUGCAUUUUUUAAUCUAAAACCGGACUCUUUGAAGACUGACAGAAAAACAAGAGACAGAGAGAAGCGGGAAAGAACGGGAAAUAACGCGCCUUUUUUUUGGAGGGAUUUGAACAGAGUGCCGUUGUGCCCUAGUCUUCUCCGGAUGCUCAGAAAUGGGGGAAUGGACUAUACUAGAGAGGCUCCUGGAGGCUGCUGUUCAGCAGCACUCUACUAUGAUAGGAAGAACCUGGGAAGACGCUGCUGAAGUGAUCCUACUAACAGUGGUGGUCAUCUUCCGGAUUCUAAUCGUAGCAAUAGUUGGCGAGACUGUCUAUGAUGACGAGCAGACCAUGUUUGUUUGUAACACCUUACAACCGGGCUGCAACCAGGCGUGCUAUGACAAGGCGUUCCCCAUUUCACACAUCAGAUAUUGGGUUUUUCAGAUCAUCAUGGUGUGCACGCCGAGCCUCUGCUUCAUCACAUACUCGGUGCACCAGUCGGCCAAGCAGAAGGAGCGGCGCUACUCGACAGUGUAUCUGACGCUAGAUAAGGAUCAAGAUUCCCUGAAGCGAGACGAGAGCAAAAAGAUAAAGAACACCAUUGUUAAUGGAGUACUUCAAAACACGGAGAACUCCACCAAAGAAGCCGAGCCGGACUGUUUAGAAGUCAAAGAGAUCCCUAAUUCAGCCAUGAGAACUACAAAGUCCAAAAUGAGGCGACAGGAGGGCAUCUCCAGGUUUUACAUCAUCCAGGUGGUUUUCAGAAACGCGCUGGAGAUUGGCUUUUUGGUGGGCCAGUAUUUCUUGUACGGAUUCAACGUCCCGUCGGUGUACGAGUGUGACCGCUACCCCUGCAUCAAAGAUGUCGAGUGCUACGUCUCCAGACCCACGGAGAAGACCGUGUUCCUGGUCUUCAUGUUCGCGGUCAGUGGCUUUUGUGUGGUGCUGAACCUGGCAGAACUCAAUCACUUGGGCUGGAGGAAAAUCAAAACGGCCGUGCGAGGCGUGCAGGCUCGACGGAAGUCCAUUUAUGAGAUCAGAAACAAGGACUUGCCGAGGAUGAGUGUGCCUAAUUUUGGACGCACUCAGUCCAGUGACUCUGCUUAUGUGUAACAAACACCCGGGGUGAAGGGUGUGAAAAAAAAUAAACAUGUAAAAAGGGGGGGGGGGGGCAUAGGAUGGACAUGAUGGACAGCUCCGCACGCCUAAUUCGUGUCAUGACUUAAAGAGUGGGCAGAUUUUUUUUUCUUUUUUUUUUUUUUUUGAUUUUUAAAAUUUUAAUUUGUUGGUCUUUUAAGGACUUCAUGGCAAGCGUGGGAUUACACGUGUGUUUCCUUAUGUAUUAUUGCACUGAUGCAACUUUUUAGUAGCGUUUAUACUCUGUAUAAGAUGCGACAAAUGAAGAAGAAGAAGAAGAAGAAGAAGACCGUGUUAACGUGUUCACAUAUUUACUCUGUGUGGGCUGUUCUGCUGUGGGCUACUUGAAGAGAGUAAAAAAAUGCAAAAAUUGCACUAAAGGGUGAACAGUGCUGGGAGAGCCUGACCUUAUCCAAAACGUGCUUCUAACUUGACGGUGUUUGCUUUUCCACCUGUUUCUGGCACCAACCUAAUUAAAUGGCACCAUACACACACAGUGGUUCAAGGAGAACUCUAUCAUCCAGAUUUAUAUAUAUAUGCAUAUCUAUAUAUAAAUCCUUACUGACUAUGGUUCGACCAGCGUAAUUCAUGUUUUUUCUUUUCUUUGUUGCCUGUGUUGCACCACUGACCUUAACAUAUGUAACCAUUCCAUUGCUUUAUAGCUGACUUGCAAAACAGUAUCUGGUGAAUUUGCUGCAAACGCUAACGUCUGUGACUUCCUUAAUUUAUAACACACACCAAAGCGCCCACUGCUUUUAUUUGUGAAGUGUUUUCUUGCUAUUGUGUAAUCAAGUGCCAUACUUGUAGAUAAACAUAAUAUAUAUGUAUACAUAUAAAUAUAUAAAUAUAUAAUAAUCAUCAUGAAAGCUGAUUCCCUGCUUGGAUUAUGCUAAAUGCCGCCCAAUUGUUUUUCUCUUUUUUUUUUUUUUUUUUUAAUUUGCUUUAAAUGUAUUUGUUGUGAUUUAAAUGAGAGAUUGAAAAAAAAAAAACAAGAAAAAAAAACAGCUACAGUUCUCUCUGUUUCAUUUUGCAAAUGACUGGAAAAAGAAAUGAAGUGCUAGUCUUUUUUUUAUAUUCAAGAAGGAAAUGACUCUCCCCAAUCAAAG